AUGAGCAAACCUUCGAAAACCAAAACUAAGAAUUUCAAGUACAAGGAAGCUCUCUUCGCAGCAGAAGAAGCAACGCGCAAGCGAGAACUGGAAAGGAUAGUGAAAGACAUUCCCCCAACAAAAGGGAUGGGUCACUACCUGAAUCGCGUCGAUCGACGGCUGAUGAGCGAGCGUGAGCUGAUCGAAGUCAUGUGGCUGCUUGCCCUCGGCCAGCGAGACUUCAACUUCAAGAUCCGCAUGAGCGCGGCGAUCGACAUGGAGGAGUUCGGCUGGAGCUUGCGCUACAAGAUCAGUCGCAAGCGGGGCGAACACUUUCACAAGAUCACCUUGAAACGAAAAGUCGGAUUGACUCCACGCUUCAACUUGAUCUUGGAGGAGUUUGACGCGGUUGAGAUGCGAAAUCUCAACGAGGCGACGAGCAUCGCGAAAUCCAUUAACCGACAGGUCGUCGCGAUCAAAGUCGGCUCCAUCGUCAGCGGCAUGAACAAUGGCUCCAUAAGAUUCAACUUCUCCUUGGAUCCCAUUCUCCACAGCCGAGCUUCAGAGCUAAAAAACCACCAAGAAAGAAAUUGA